UCAAUUGUGAGAAAUUGGAGAGGCAAACGAGGAUGAGAAGUCAUUUCCUAAAGUUUAGCAUCUUUGCUUUGCAGGCACCUCUGAUUCAUGCACAGGAUCAAUCAGGUUUCAUUAGCUUAGACUGUGGGCUACCAGAUAAUACAACCUAUACUGAAUCCACAACAGGCAUCGACUAUAUUUCAGAUGCAGCUUAUAUACAAACAGGAAUAGGUAAGAGUAUCUUACCUGAAUUCCAAAGAGGACUUCAGCGACAGACAUGGCAUCUUAGAAGCUUUCCUGAGGGGGACCGAAAUUGUUACAACCUUAGCCUCAGAAAGGGAGAUGAAUACUUAAUCAGAGCGACUUUCGUUUACGGAAACUAUGAUGAAAUGAACGAACUGCCCAAAUUUGAUUUGCACCUAGGGCCUAAUUUGUGGACUUCUGUAACAAUACAAAAGGCAUCUGUUGGUAUAAGCACGGAAAUUAUUCAUGUCAUCCAAUCAAAUCAUUUGUUUGUUUGUCUAGUGAAUACUGGAAAUGGGAUACCAUUCAUAUCAGCAUUAGAAUUAAGGCUCUUGAAUAAUGCUACCUACAGAACUCAAAUAGGAUCCCUGGAACUUUUCGCAAGGUUUGAUGUUUGUUCAACAACUGGAGCAACAUUCAGGUUCAAAGAAGACAUUUAUGAUCGUUUGUGGUGGCCUUAUAAUAGAAAUGAUUGGACACUAGUUACUACCUCUUAUACCGUUAUAGCAGGUAGUAAUUUGUACCAGCCACCAUCUCUUGCCAUGAGGACUGCUUGCACACCUGUAAAUUCCAGUCAGUCCUUGGUUUUCUCCAUUGACCCCAGUUCCGUUCCCAAUGCGGAGUUUUACUUAUACAUGCACUUUGCCGAAGUUCAACAUCUCCAAGCCAACGAAUCCAGGAAGUUCAACAUCUUUUAUAACGGCCAGUUUUGGUUCGGGCCAAUUAUUCCUUCUUACUUGGCCUCAACCACCUUUUCCACCCGAUCAGCCUUGACUGGUGGAAACUACCAAUUUUCAAUCUACAGAACUGCAGAUUCAACCCUUCCACCCAUCCUCAACGCAAUUGAGAUUUAUACCGUAAAAUUAUUCUUACAAUACGAGACAUUCGAGAAAGAAAUUGAUGCAAUCUCAAAUGUAAAAACAAUUUAUGGAUUGAAAAGAAAUUGGCAAGGAGAUCCAUGUGUUCCUCAAGCAUACGCAUGGGAUGGUCUUAAUUGCAGCUACAGCGGUUACAAUCCACCUAGAAUCAUAUCCUUGAACUUAUCCUCAAGCGGCUUGAAUGGAGAGAUACCGCCUUACAUAACCAGUCUCACUCAGUUACAAUAUCUGGACUUAUCAAACAAUAGUUUGACUGGACCAGUGCCUGAGUUUUUAUCCCAACUGCAAAGCUUGACAGUUCUGAACUUAGAUGGAAACAUGCUUAAUGGUACAGUUCCAUCUGCACUUAUUGAAAGGUCGAAGAAUGGCUUGCAAUUAAGUAUUGAAGGAAAUCCCAACCUUUGUGUGUCACUCCCGUGCAAGAAGAAUAAGAAGAAAAACGUUGUUGUUCCAAUUGCAGCAUCAGUUGCUUCAUUUUCUGUACUAAUAAUUGUAUUGGCUACCGUAUGGAGGCUUCUUAAAAGGAGACAACCACCACUAGAUGGGAAUACGGAUGAUGAAUCCAACACAUUAUUCCAGUUAUUGGAGUUAAAGAAUAGGCGGUUCAAGUUCUCUGAGGUACAGACGAUGACAAACGACUUUGAGAGACUUCUUGGUACUGGAGGAUUUGGAAGUGUCUUUUACGGCCACAUAGAUGACACUGAAGUAGCCGUAAAGAUGCUAUCUCUAUCAUCAAGUCAAGGGUACAAGCAGUUUGAAGCUGAGGUCAAAACUCUUUUUAGAGUUCAUCAUGCAAAUUUGACAAGCCUUAUUGGGUAUUGCAAUGAAGGUGCCAAUCUGGGGCUAAUUUACGAGUACAUGGCCAAAGGAAAUUUAGCAGAGUUUCUAUCAGAUAAAAGUACACGUAUCCUGAAAUGGGAAGAAAGACUACGAAUAGCAUUGGAAGCAGCGCAAGGACUUGAGUAUUUACACGAAGGUUGCAGACCACCAAUAAUCCACAGAGAUGUGAAAUCUACAAACAUCUUAUUAAACGAAGACUUCCAAGCCAAACUAGCUGAUUUCGGGUUCUCAAAGACAUUUCCAAUCGAAGGUGGAAGUCAUCUAUCAGCAUCCAUUGUUGGUACUACUGGCUACCUUGAUCCCGAGUAUCGCACAUCAAUCAUUUUAACCAAAAAAGGUGAUGUUUAUAGCUUUGGGGUUGUUCUUUUGGAGAUCAUAACAGGUAAACCAGCUGUGAUUAAUGCACAAACCAACAAUGUGAGAACUCACAUAAGUCAAUGGGUUAGCUCCAUUCUGUCUAGAGGUGAUAUCAAAAGUAUUGUUGAUCCAAGAUUAGAAGGAGAUUUUGAUGUUAAUUCUGCGUGGAAAGCCGUAGAAGUAGCAGUGCUUUGUGUGUCUCACAAUUCAACAAGAAGGCCAACCAUGAACGAGGUGGUGCUGGAACUAAGCCAAUGUUUGUCUGCGGAAAGAGCCAGGAUAACGGGAGAGCAUGGAAAUAAAUCAAAAAACCCAGCUGACAUGAUGACCAUGAGUUUUAGCACUGAAAUUGGCCCUGUACACGAAAUUGGUCCUGUACCGAGGUGAUCAUUCAAAGC